AUGGUCUAUGCCGGGAAGGGUCAGGAGCCUGGUCUUUCAGCCAGUAAUAUGAGCGCCAGCGAAGCGACACUCCGAUCACUGGCACAGUUACUUGAUGUACACCUUGUUCACCUGCGGACACGCACCGUUCCUGCACACUCCAACAAUGACACCUCCAACACUGCUGCUACUGCUCCUCAGGGGGCCAGAGGCAAGAAGCGCUCUCGAGGGAGAGCUAGACGUGGCUCCAAAGAAAAUGUGGCCGGCACCACGAUGGAUGGACAGUUGUCGGAGAAAGUGGCACCACUGUUGGUCACUGAUGCGUCAGAAAUAACAGCUGCUGCUUCAGCGCAAUCUGCGCCUCAGGCGACAAAGGAAUCAAUUUCGCAAACACCAGUAUCAGAAAACGCACCGCAGACGACGUCAGUGUCUUCGACAGGGGGCGAAUGGGUUGUGAAAGAUUUCCUCCUGCGCCAUGCCAUUGAUGAGCGCGAUUUCAUCGACAUCAGAGUUGCUGUGGUGGGGAAUGUGGACGCUGGAAAAUCGACGAUGUUGGGUGUGCUGACACACGGCGAGUUGGAUAAUGGUCGAGGUUUGGCACGCCAAUACCUCUUCCGCCACAAACACGAAAUCGAGUCGGGUCGAACAAGCUCCGUGGGGAAUAAUAUCCUCGGCUUUGACGCGGACGGUAAGGUGGUCAAUCGUGCAGUGCAUGGCAAACUCGACUGGGUGGAGAUAUGCCAGGCAGCCACAAAGGUGAUUACCUUCAUCGAUCUGGCAGGGCACGAAAGAUAUCUCAAAACUACAGUCUUUGGAUUAGUUGGAUUCGCGCCUGACUUCGCAAUGCUCAUGGUAGGAGCCAACGCGGGGGUCAUUGGAAUGACAAAGGAGCAUUUGGGUCUCGCGCUGGCCCUCUCCGUGCCGGUCUUUGUGGUGAUAACCAAAAUCGACAUGUGCCCACCCAACGUACUCAAUGAGACCCUCAAUCACCUCUUCAAAGUCCUCAAAUCGCCUGGAUGUCGGAAAAUACCCCUCCUUGUUUCAAAUCAAGAUGAUGUGGUUUGCAGUGCCACUAAUUUUACCUCCGAGCGUAUGUGCCCCGUUUUCUUGGUCUCAAAUGUCACUGGAGCGAAUUUGGACCUUCUUACUGCCUUUCUCAAUCUCCUUUCAACCCCUUCACCUGCUGUUGCUGCAUCCCCUUCCGCUACAACGCCCUCCAAUAGCAUUGCUGCAUCCAUCGGCGCAAACGCUGUCAACUCUACAUAUCGCCUAGAUCGGCCAGCCUCUUUUCAAAUUGACGAGCUCUUCACCGUGCCUGGCGUUGGCGCCAUCGUCUCCGGCACCUGCAUGAGUGGAGUGGUACGCCUCAACGACACCUUGUCACUGGGACCAGACACCUCUGGACGUUUCUUUCCUGUGGUCAUCAAGAGUAUACAGCGGAAGCGUCUACCUGUCAACUCUGUCCGGGCUGGACAGACUGCGUCCUUUUCACUUAAGCGGCCGAAAGGGUGUACACAGUUGAGAAGAGGAAUGAUGCUUCUAGGCAAGGGCUCCGAUCUCACCUCAUGCAUGAACUUCACGGCAACAGUCCUAGUACUCCACCACCCUACCACGAUUAGCGUCGGUUACCAGGCUAUGGUGCACGCUGGACCCAUUCGGCAAACAGCAACGAUCCUCAGCAUUGGUGCUGGUACUGGAAAGGAAAGACUUCGAACAGGAGACAAAGCCGAAGUCCAUUUUGCCUUCAUCAAUCAUCCUGAAUGCCUGCACAAAGGCACUCGUCUCAUUUUCAGAGAGGGCAAGACGAAAGCUGUCGGUGAGUCCUUUUUACUUGCUCCCUUGUUAGAAGCUAUCGUUGUGGUACACUUUCAACCACACUUUCUUUUUUCCGUCUACUUUGCACUCCAAUUCAUGCUUACAAUAGUUCAGUUAAGUAAAUUUAUUUUAGGCACUGUGAAUCAAGUACUUCCCUAUCAACCAGUUUUGGCACCAGUGUCAGGAAGCCGAUCACGAAAGGCGCAAAAGGCCCCAAGCAGGCAACCCACCGCCCUACCAGUCAGUACCGAGAAGAAGGUGGAGAAGAAAUGA